AUGGUUCGCUCUCAUUCAACACCGCAACCGCCGUCAUCUCAACACCGUUCUCAUUUCCAAUCACAUGAUUACGGAAAUAGUGUAUCAACUACAAUUCAGCAAGCACUUCAGGUUUUGUUUACGGAGCAGUGUUAUGACGAAAUAUUUGUUCAUAUGAAUUUUUUUGAUAUGGAUUGUAUGAAAAUUACGUUAUCAAAACUUAUUGGUUAUUCCAUUUUGGUUGGCUCAUUACUCGUUAAAGUACCACAAAUUGUAAAAAUUAAAUGGAAUAAAUCGGGUCAUGGUGUUAGUGUUAUUGCUGAUACAAUUAUGUUGGCAGCUAUAUUUGGCUCGAUGGCUUAUGGUUUUACAUCUGAAUAUCCGCUCUCGUCUUAUGGUGAUUCUUACUUUUUAUUUAUUCAAACAAUUAUUAUUAUCGUAAUGGUUUUAUAUUACGAGAAAAAAUAUGUAUUAGCCGGGGUCUACUUAAUUUUAUGUCUUCUAUUAACAGUAUUAAUGUUUAAAAAGCUGAUUCCUGAAUGGAUUAUAUGGAAUUUAGCAGCCACAUCGAUGAUUCUAAGUGUAACAAGUCGUUUAUAUCAAGCUUAUUGUAAUUAUCGUAUUAAAUCCACCGGAAAUUUAUCGGCCAUCUCAAUGUUAAUGUUAUUUUUUGGUAGUUUAGCACGAAUAUUUACAUCAAUCCAAGAAACAGGUGAUCACACACUGAUAUGGACAUAUAUUUUGAAUACAAUUGCUAACGGUAUACUUAUACUACAAUUGGGCUAUUAUUGGUCAGCCACAACAACUACAACAAUGAAUGAUGAACAUACUGAAACAGUAAAACAAAAGAAAAAAGAAUAA